AUUUCGACAUAAGGCGACGCUAAAGUUGAACGAAAAAAAAAUUUAUUAAUAUUCUUUUGGGCUAUUUUUGUGCUAUUUUUUCGUAUUUUUCUGACUAGAUGUUUUAUUUUUUUUCUACUUUGUCCGUGUGUUGGGGGAAAUUAAUGUGACAUUAUAUAUUAGUAUUAGUAUAUUAUUUUAUUUAAAUAUAAAUAUAAAAUAAAAACACACCGAUUGUCCGCCACCGAUUGUCGGAAUCGAUGUGCCACGACGCUCACGAAGGUGAUAAAGUUAUCCAGAACCCCAGGAAAUUAUUAACAGGGUAUAUAUAAAUUCGGGGCUAUUUGGUAUGCUUUACGAAGUGUGGCAGUAUGUUGUGAGUCGUCGCAGUUUGAGGAUUGCUGUGUGGAAGAAUUUUCUGCGCAUAGUGGUUGGAAAAAGCAAUGUUUCGUGCUAGAGGAUACCUUUUUCCCCAUUUUCGCCACUUUUCUCUCAAUUCCCCGUGAGUGCUUUCCCUUUUUUAGAAGAAAAGAAGAUACGAAAAAAAGCGGAAGAAUAUGGAGUUUCCCAAAGAACCUUACAAGUGUGAACUUUAAAAAAAAAGAGAAAAGUGCUUUUUACUUUAGUAAAAAAAAAAGAGGGAGAGAACAUCUUCCCAUUGUUAGUAUUACAUUGCUUCCGAAGGACACCUGAGGCACAACUUUGCAAGUGAUUUUUGCAGAGUGUGUAGUCUUUCGCAGGGUAUCCUUUGCACCUCACGAGCUCCCUGGCACAGGGACAUCCUUACACGAAAAAAAAUAUCAAGGGCUCGCAAUUUCUCGCAAUUUGAUCUCGUGCGUGUGCUUUUUGUUCUUUCUCAUCGUGAUUUCCAUCGCAAGUGAAUUGAUAGCGAGAGUGAAAGCACAUCUACCAAAAAAAAGAAUCAAAGUGAAAAGUGAAGCUUGAGAUGCUCCAGAAAAAACAUUAAAUUUAUUGCAGAAAAUAAAUUUAUUUUUUUAUGUUUUCUGUGUGCGAAAUUGUGAACCUUCUUUUAUGUGAGUUUCCACCCGCAAAGGGUUAUUCGUAGCCCAUUUUCGGUGUGCGAAACAUUGUAGUACUUUUCUUUUGUGCAAGAAUAAAAGUUUGAGAAUAAGAAAGAAAAAUUGUGUGAGAGCAUUUUUUUAGACUAGGUACUUACAUAUACCUUUGAGAGUGAGUGAGCUCUUGAAAAAAAAAAUAGCAAAAAAAAACACCCGCGCUUUAGGAAUAUUGAUCAAUUCAUCAAACGGGCCGUAUUUGGCACGAAUCCUCGAGCACCAUGGGCUGUCAGCUCGGAAAACUCUCUGGGGUGUCAAAGGGUGACGAUGGGCAGGCCUUCGCUCCCAGUGAUGCCCCCAAGCCAGCGGCCACGGAUUCGAGGUUGCCACUCACGGCAAAGCAGAAGUACACAAUGAUGGCCUCAUGGAAGGGUAUCAGUCGUGCCAUGGAACCCACCGGAGUUUGUAUGUUCAUCAAAUUAUUCGAAGAGCAUGGAGAUCUCCUAAGUAUGUUCACAAAGUUCAAAGAAAUGAAAACGAAGGAACAACAAGCCACCUCGGAAGAAUUGGCGGAACAUGCUAACAAAGUGAUGGAGACACUGGACGAGGGCAUACGGAGUCUUGAUGAUUUAGAUGCUUUCUUUGAAUAUCUCCACCAAGUCGGUGCUUCCCAUAGGCGAAUUCCCAACUUUAAAGCGGACUAUUUUUGGAAAAUAGAAAAACCCUUUUUAACGGCUGUGGAAACCACUUUAGGGGAUCGGUACACACCAAAUGUAGAGGGAAUUUAUAAACUAACAAUUAAGUUUAUCAUAGAAACACUAAUAACAGGGUUCAAUAAAAGUGCCAAUUCUGCAGCACCAGCGAACAGUGACAGCGUUAACAUGAAAUCCUGAAUAAUCCUUAAUGAGAAACUCGUGGAAAUAGUUAAAGUGUACUAUAUACGUUCACUGUGUCAUAACUAAAUGUAAUUUAAACAAAAAAAAAUGAAGAAAAAUCUUAUAUAAAUGUUUAUAAAAAAAUAUAAGUCAUUUAUAUAAAAAGAAAAAAAAAAGAAUUGUCAAAUAAAACGUCAAAAAAAAAAGAAAAUUUUGGUCAUAAAUGACAAGAAUAAAGAUGUGGUGUCAACUUCUCUGUAUGGAUCACAGUUUUUCAAUUAUUUAACAAAAAAAAUGAUGUUAGAACGUUGUGAAGAAAAAAUAAUGAGAACAAAGGUACAUCUAUAUAUACAUGAAUUUCGAUAAGACAAUGUGGAACCUAAUGAUAUUAUUUAUAUUAGGUAUAUAAAAGAAUUAUAUAUAGUUGGUAUAUAUACUAAAAGAGUGUUAUUUAUAUUGACGUGACAUUGUGCACCAAAACAAAAUGAACAAUAUUUAUACCAAAAAAAAAAACCAAUUGCUCCCGAAAUCUUUCUAUAUAAACACUUCCCAUUGAUAAAAAAAAUUGUACAAAAAAAAAAGAACUUUUUGGGCAAUUAACCUUUCAUCGUUGAAUCACGAAAAUUCGAUUUUUCCCAUUGAAAACAAAUCAUCAAUUAAAUUUUGAACACUGUGCCUUUUGAAAUGCAUUUGUGAAGAAAAAAAUAAAACAAUUUCAAUUUGCCAAUUGAACAUUUUUCUUUUUUUUAUAUUUCUACAUACAUGGAUUUUCCCCACACUUUUCCGCUAAUUGGAAAAAAGGGGAAAAUCGUGUACAAAAAAAAAUUUCCUUUCUGAGAAUUUUCUCCAAGAGGCACAGUGACUUCCAAUUAUUCACGGGACACUGUUUUGUAAAUAGGAGGAAAAAAAAGACAAAUACAUUUCAUAUGAAAUUCGAUGGCGUGACACAACCAAAAAGGAGCCCAAUAAAUUCAUACAAAAUGUAUUUAUCUUUUUUUGGGGAGGGAAAACCACCCGAGUAUAGAAAUAACAUUAGGACAAGAAUAGUAUGUGGAAAAAAAUGUACUUCAUAUAUUAAACGGUAAUAUCGCAUUAUUUCCAUAUUCUUUUUGUACUUAGAAUAUAAUGAGCUGACAAAAAUCACCCAUAAAUAUUCUAAUGGAAAUGUAAUAUGACAACAAUGUGAAAAGGAUAUCUAAAUAGAGUUGUAGUGAAGGGAUAAAAGAAAAUAAAUAAAAAAUCUGUUUUUAUCUUCAGAAAAA